CCUUCACAGUGCGAAUUUCUUCUUCCUGGUACCGCAAGUCAGGAAAGAAAUGUAGCCCUGUCUAUAGCCACCAGUGGCUAUGAUGUGGAGAUACCACAUGAUGAUGAUGACAGUGAUGAUGCAUGCGAUAUUGUCUUACCUGACCAGUCCAAACCAUUGUCCAAUCCAUUUAAUAUUGCUCUCAGCCCACAGUGUAUUCAAGACACUUCUGUCAUCAGAUCUGGGACCAGUCCAGUCACUACCAUCACUGCUGUACCCUCUCCAGCAGGUCACACAGAUCCAGCAGGUCACACAGAUUCAGCACUCUCUAAGCCUCCCGUAACGAAAUCAGCAUCUUCUCCCCAUGUAUCCUUGACCUCCAAAUCGCAGAUGCCUUCGUCUUUAUCUGCACCUGGAAUUGGGUCAGGCUCCGAUAUGGCUGCACUUUUGUCAUCCACCAUGUCAGAGAUGGCGUUUGCCUUGAUGGUGUCAUCUGGAAGCUCAGCAUCAUUUGAAAUGUCUUCAUCAGGAAUUGGUCAGACAGCAUCCACAUUGUCAGACUCAUUUGGUACGGACUGGACUUCAUCUGCUUCUCGAUCACCACAGACUGUGCAGGAAUCUAUUACUUGGAGCACAGUUAAAACAGCCGAGGAUAUCACUCAGAAAACUGGUCAGGAUGAUCCCAGCAAGAAGAAGCUUCACUCUCUGCAGCUGCAGAAUAUUAAGUUUCUCACGCAGGCACCAACUGCUGAGGAAUCCCUUUCUGAUUUUUUCCCUAAGGAGAGCUCUACACAAGCACAGAUAGAACCAGUAACGACACACAAGCAAAUUGGCAUGCAGAGUUCAAAGUUGGUUGCAUCUGGUGGGAAAGAUACUGCAGUUACUAAGGCGCAAUCACCGUCACAUAUAGAAGCGGUGGCUGUAAUUAGGAAAGAACCAAAAGCUCCGGUAACGACACCAGAAUUGUUUCAGGAGCCUACAAAAUCAAGACCCUUUAUGUCUGAAGCUUCAUCAUCUCGGCGUUCUGUUCUCGAAGAAAUACCUAUUCCCACAGUUAGCAAACCUACCGGACCACAAAGAGCAGAUGGAGGUGGACCGGACGAUGGGACUGUUCCAUAUGUGACAAUACCAGCUAGUCCGACCAUCAAGCGCAGAGAGUUGCCAAGCAAGAUCCCCACAAGUCCUAGUGUCCAGCGUAGUGCAGAUGCUAAAUAUGCAGCUGUAGAUAACCGUGCUGACAGAUUUAGACAGGAGCAGAGGAAGUUAGUCAAAGCCAUCAAAUCUGACACCAAGAUUGGAGUGAUUGUUGCACCUUCUGAACUGACAACUACUACAACAACCCCUGCAGCUCAAAGUAAAGAUCUUAGUCUCUCUUUGUCAUGGGAUCAUAACAGGUCUUCGAGUAUAAUAGAAAAUGUUGUUAGUGGCGGCUGUGCUUUGUCAAGCAGACCAAGUAGCCAGAGUGAGGACGCAGGUCGCAGUGAAUGGAGAGAGGAGUCUACGCCCAGCCCUGAUGAAACAGACUCGGAGGUAUACAAAAGUGAUAGGUCAACUAGUCAAACAACUAGUUCAGCAGCUAGCCAGGAAGUUGUACUGCCACAAAGUCUGCAGAAGUCCAGUCCUGGAAAAACGGAUGUCCCUAGACAUGACAUCCAGAUAAGUCCAAAGCAAAAGUCAUUAUCUCUCAUAGGAGAAGGGGUAUCUGGAAGACCAUCACCAGGCAAAACAAAACCACUUAAUGUGCCUUCAACCUCCAUGGUGAAAAGGCCUCUCUUAGCGUCAUCAGCAUCAUCAUCUGCUGUAAAGGUAGUAACUCCGACAUCAGUAGCAAGGACCACAUCAUCUUCUUCAACCAUAGCAUCAUCCAGAUCUAAUUUACAGGGUCCACCCUCCAAGACCACACCUUCUGGGGGGGUUGUGAAACAUACAUCAGCUGACCACAGCCUGAAAGGUUCUUCAAAACCAUCAGCCAGCAGCAGCAGCAAAUCAGAGGAGACUUCAUCUUCUUCAAAAUCACCUUCAUCUUUGCCAAAGAAGAGCCCUGGGAAGGAUGGGGAAUUAUCCCAAUCACCAAAGGUGAUAAAACGUUCUGGAGAGGAUUCAAAAAGUGCAGAAUCCUCUCUCAAGUCUGAGGGAAACAUCCCAGACAAAUCUUCAUCACAAUCAUCGUCUCCUCGACAUCGACACCACUCUGGGGACGCUGCCUCGGGUCGUUCCACCAGAUCCGGCCAACGAAAACCUGCAGCAUCCCCAGCCAUUUCAACCGGAAGUCCCAGAAAGAUACAUGAAAAAUGUCAGCUAGAAAAGUCCUCAAGUUUUACAUCCAAGUCAGGAGGGCAGCAAACGUCAUCAGUACCAAAAUAUGUGGCGGCACCAAGACCAUCGCAGCUGUCAGGGCCUGCAACUUCAGCAUCAUCAUCCUCACCUUCUCCACCAACUCCAACAUCAACUUCAAGUAAACUUUCACAAGAUAGAACACCUAGAUUGGUAUAA